AUGGUCUCAUCAGAAACUCAAACCCAAUUACAGCAAUCCGAGGACAAAAUCAAGGAUCUGCAUCGAUGGACGGUUCAUGUCGAAGUUCGCCUGAAAACGAGAGCCUCCGCUCGAUUUGACACCGUUAGAAAUCAUGUACAUACGUUCAUCGAAUCAUUUGGUCGUCUUUUUCUUCCGUCCACUCUGGACGGCUGGGAGGAGGUCCCAGAGCUCGCUUCUUCCGUGGAGAUGAUUACAGUGUGCGAAUCACCAUGUCCCGAAUCCUCGCUUUCUAUGGACGAAAUGAACAUCCAGAUACACGUCUACAAACCCUCUGAUGGAGACGCAUUCGAAGAGUUCUCCAAUAGUUCAGGAAACUUGAACGAUGCGGACGAUACCAUGGCUGCAAGUCUGUGCGAAUUGCCCAACAGAAGUCACGAAGGAUUGUGGGACUCAUUAAUUUAUGCGGACGAUAUCAAGAUGAAGCUGCUCGACUAUAUACAUGCUACUAUUGUCUUCAGCGAUGCAAACGUUGAUUUCAACCUUGUGUCUUGGAAUCGCGUAGUCCUUUUACACGGCCCUCCUGGGACAGGGAAAACAUCACUCUGCCGCGCCCUUGCACAAAAGCUUGCCAUUCGUCUAUCCCAUCGAUAUUCAAACGCCCGCCUACUUGAAAUCAACUCGCAUUCUCUAUUUUCAAAAUGGUUCUCAGAGUCAGGGAAGCUAGUCCAGCGGCUUUUUACCAGCAUAACUGAGCUUGUAGAAGAAGAGGACGGUUUUGUGGUUGUGCUUAUUGAUGAAGUGGAAUCGCUCACCGCUGCACGAGCGGGAGCGAUGGCGGGCACAGAACCAUCUGAUGGACUACGAGUUGUCAAUGCGCUUUUGACUCAAUUGGACAAACUAAAGCAGCGAAAAAACGUACUGAUCAUGGCAACAAGCAACCUUGUUAAAGCAAUCGACUCGGCAUUUGUAGACCGAGCGGACAUCUUACAAUACAUAGACCUCCCAUCACGAGAAGCUAUAUACGAAAUUCUUCGAUCAUGCCUUUGUGAAAUUAUGAAAAAAGGAAUUGUUGCAUCCGUGUCUGUUCCAACCCUCAAACAGGUGCAAAUGUAUGAGAUUGUGAAGUCGACCGGCCGGUCAGAUAUUUCAGAAGGACAAGAUAAGCCGAGAAAUGUUGGUCUACGCCUUUUGGCACUGGCUUCUGCAUGCAGGGCGCAAGGAAUGUCAGGACGCGCACUGCGUCGGUUGCCUGUUCUUGCUCUUGCUCGAAAUAUUGGCAUUGGGAAUAUUAACAUUGGGGGUCCAACGUCGUCAAAAGAAAAUCAAGGCGCUUCAGUUGAGGUUUGGUUAGAUGGGAUGGAAAAGGCCGUGAAAGACCACGCCAAAGAAUCGGAAAAGUUGAUAUAA